AACCAGCCCUGCCUAUAAAGAUGGAAGGCUCCCAGCAACGGGUUCCACUGCUCGUUGUUUCUCACGAGAGACGCAUCAGGUCUUGGUGAGGGUGCGGCCAUAAAUCUUUUCUUGCUUAUUCUGCAAAACAGCUCAUAAACUACAGCAUCAUGCGUGAGUGCAUCUCCAUCCACGUUGGUCAGGCUGGUGUCCAGAUCGGCAAUGCCUGCUGGGAACUGUACUGUCUGGAGCAUGGCAUCCAGCCUGAUGGUCAGAUGCCAUCCGACAAGACCAUCGGAGGAGGCGACGACUCCUUCAACACCUUCUUCAGCGAGACGGGCGCCGGCAAGCACGUGCCACGUGCAGUCUUCGUCGACCUCGAACCUACUGUCGUUGACGAGGUUCGUACAGGCACCUACCGCCAGCUUUUCCACCCGGAGCAACUGGUGACCGGCAAGGAGGACGCCGCCAACAACUACGCCCGCGGCCACUACACCAUCGGCAAGGAAAUCGUCGACCUGGUGCUCGACCGCAUCCGCAAGCUGGCUGACCAGUGCACUGGGCUGCAAGGUUUCCUCAUCUUCCAUUCCUUCGGUGGCGGCACCGGCUCUGGCUUCACCUCUCUCCUGAUGGAGCGUCUGUCUGUCGACUACGGCAAGAAAUCUAAGCUGGAAUUUGCCAUUUACCCAGCUCCCCAGGUAUCCACCGCAGUGGUUGAGCCCUACAACUCUAUCCUCACCACCCACACCACCCUCGAGCACUCCGACUGUGCCUUCAUGGUUGACAACGAGGCUAUCUACGACAUCUGCCGACGAAACCUCGACAUCGAGAGACCCACCUACACCAACCUCAACCGUCUUAUCGGUCAGAUCGUGUCCUCUAUCACCGCUUCUCUACGCUUCGAUGGCGCCCUCAACGUCGACCUGACGGAGUUCCAGACCAACCUGGUGCCCUACCCCCGCAUCCACUUCCCUCUGGCUACCUACGCCCCCGUCAUCUCCGCCGAGAAAGCCUACCACGAGCAGCUGACGGUGGCCGAGAUCACCAACGCCUGCUUCGAGCCGGCCAACCAGAUGGUCAAGUGCGACCCUCGCCACGGCAAGUACAUGGCCUGCUGCAUGCUGUACCGCGGUGAUGUCGUGCCUAAGGAUGUCAACGCCGCCAUCGCCACCAUCAAGACCAAGCGCACCAUCCAGUUCGUCGACUGGUGUCCCACUGGCUUCAAGGUGGGCAUCAACUACCAGCCUCCUACAGUGGUGCCUGGUGGUGACCUGGCCAAGGUGCAGCGUGCCGUGUGCAUGUUGAGCAACACCACGGCCAUCGCCGAGGCCUGGGCCCGUCUCGACCACAAGUUUGACCUCAUGUACGCCAAGCGCGCCUUCGUGCACUGGUACGUGGGUGAGGGCAUGGAGGAGGGCGAGUUCUCCGAGGCCCGUGAGGAUCUGGCGGCCCUGGAGAAGGACUACGAGGAGGUCGGCGUCGACUCCGUAGAAGGCGAGGGUGAAGGAGAAGGAGAGGAAUAUUAAACAACUCUACCUCAUCGCCAGACUUCUCUCCGAAUAAUCAAUACCGGUCACAAAGUUGUUGCGUUAUGAGACAGAACUAUGACCAUAUUUGGUUCUAGUACUUCAGCUGUUAAAACAAUCAUUCUAAAAGAAAUAUCUUUGUUACGACGAUGAAAAUCUCGAACUCGGCAAUGUUUCAUGUUUUUGGAUACGAAAAUAUGUGACUUUAAAGUUAAUUUUGUACGUAAGUUCGUGCUUAAGUAAUGCAAAUUAAAACAGUUCUUAUGUUUUUAGCUCAUCUUUUUAGUGAAAUAAAAAAAUCCGUUUCUAUCCCCAGCUCUUGGAAAAA